GGUUGAAGCCAGCAGUAACGUUUGAACGUGACAGGAGCUGCUGUUCAUCCUCUCAGUGUGCGUCUGCCGGUGUGGUGACAACAGAGACAGAGAAAUGGAGAUAAUUCACGCUUUCCACGUCGUCGCCAGAUCCCUGCUGCUUCUGUUGCUCUACUCGAUCUGUGAAGGGAGAGAGUCGGAGCUCAACUACGUGACGUGCGGCUCGCUGGUCAAACUGCUCAACACCAGGCACAACGUCCGCCUGCAUUCCCACGAUGUCAAAUACGGCUCAGGAAGUGGACAGCAGUCUGUAACUGGAGUGGAGAAUGCAGACGAUGCCAACAGUUAUUGGCAGAUUCGUGGGAAGCCAAAACGUCCGUGUCAGCGUGGGGCAGCCGUCAGGUGUGGUGACGCCAUCCGGAUCACACACAUGAAGACUGGCCGAAACCUCCACACCCACCACUUCAGCUCACCCCUGUCUAAUAACCAGGAGGUCAGUGCCUUUGGAGAGAGCGGUGAGGGUGACGACCUGGAUGUGUGGAUGGUGCAGUGCGAUGGCGUCCACUGGGAGCGCGACGAGGCUGUGCGCUUUAAACACGUGGGCACCGACGUCUUCCUGAGCGUGACAGGUGAGCAGUACGGCCAUCCCAUCCGCGGCCAGCGGGAGGUGCACGGCAUGAGCUCCUCCACCCAGCACAACUGGUGGCGUGCCAUGGAGGGCGUGUUCAUUCAGCCCAGCCAGGAGCUUAUACGCCACGAUGAGCUCUGAAAUCAGCACUGGGACACACAAAGCAUGGACGUGUGUGUGAGUGUGUGCACAGUCUGUGGAUUCCAAUCACAUUCCUAUCAUUGCUGUGGUGGUUUUAUAGUUCACCUGGACCAAAUGCGGUUAUGUGUGAAUGAUGUGGAAUAUUUGACUGAUGACCCAUCUCUGUAUAUGUGAAGGACUCAGGAUGUUCUUAGACAAGGUGGCGGGGUGGUGUUUUUUUUCCCAACAGUUUGAAGAAGAUCAGUGAUAUUGUAUGUAUUGCAGCCAUAUGGUUUAUAUAUUCUUCUCCAGUUUCCUCCUCAGAGAAAAUUCAUAAAGGAGACAAUCAUGUCUGGGUUUCAAUUACUGAAACUAAGAUGGUGAGAGGUGUCAAAUAAAAACUUAGAGAUUUAA